AGUAUUAGUGUUCCGUGUUGUGAAUAUGGAUAAAAUCUUCAUUUGUCGUCUGUGAAUAAAAUAAAAAAUGCCAAAGAAGCUCAUUGUGCACUUGGCUUGUUUAUUAAAAUUUUAAAUAUUUAAUUGAAAUCUGUGUAAAAUUCUAUUUAGUGAAACGAAAUGGGGAAUCAUCAGUUUAUUAUCCUACACAGUUAAAGAUACAGUUACUUAAUACAUUUCUUUCAGAUAAAAGUAUCAUGAAUUUUAACUGCUGUGAUAAAUGAAAAUGGCUCAGAAUAUAAGGGAUUUGUGUCGACUCUGUGCUAAAGGCGAAGGGUUCACCAAAGAUAUAAUAGAUGAAAGAAAUCAGCAUAUUCUUAAAAUGAUACAGGAGUAUAUACAUAUAUCUGUAAACGAUAGUGAUGAUUUACCUACUAAAGUGUGUUUGAAUUGUGAAGAGAAAAUGGUGUCAUUUGAGAUGUUUGUGUUGGAAUGUCUGAAAGUGCAAGAUACAUUGAAGAAAAUGUGUUUGGAAGCCUGCACAAAUUGCCCACUUAAAUAUGAGCCAGACAUCAUAGAAUUCUCACUUCCACCAAUAAAGUCUGAGGUUAAAGUGGAAAUGAUGCCAGAAGAGUUAGCGAAUGUUAUAAACAAUGAUGCAACAUAUGAAGAUGAUUUUGAUGUUGAUGACUUUAGCGCCAGUGAUGUUAAACAAGACAGCGAUGGUGAUCUGAGUGAUGCUGUGACAUUGGCAACACUUAAAAAAACAAAACAAAAGAAGACCAAAAGAAAGCAAAUAAGUGAAGAAGAAAAGAUUGAAUUUAAGAACAUACUCAAAAAAUCUAACUUGAAUGUUAAAGACUUUGUCAAACUAGAAUGUAAUAUGUGUGAAGAAGCGAUGUCAACGUGGAGCGCUCUGCGAGUCCAUUACGCUAAAGUACACAAAAGCAAGCCGAUGGUGUUCUGUCUGUGCGGCUUCAUUGUCAGAUCGAAAAGUGUUCUUUACAAACAUGUUUCCGAUCACCGGAUAGAAAGCCGCAAACUUAAAAAGGAUGAUGAUGAUGCUGAAAAAACUGAGGAGUCCCAAUAUUCAAGUUUAAAUGUCAACGAUUUUGUUAACUUCACAUGCUCAUUGUGUCAGAAGGAAUGCAAAAGCUGGUACAGUCUGAAGGCUCACUGCGAAGGCAAGCACAACACGACGCCGGUGGUGCGCUGCAGCUGCGGCAUUACGUUGAAAUCUAAAUCCGUUCUGUACAAACAUGUUCAAGAUCACAAAAAUCCCAAUGUUAUUUGUUGCGAUAAAUGCCCGCGGAUAACUAAAACAGAGGCAGCUAUGAAUAAACACAAAAUGCGGCACGUGCCGAAGUCCGAGAGAAAAUUCUGUUGUGGCUCCUGCGACAAAGUGUUUAAUUCUAAGGACACGCUGAAAUCCCACGAAAGAUCACACAUACCUAUUGAGCAACGAAAAAUAUACCGAUGUGAAAUAUGCGAUCUCAAGUUCACGACGCGCUCGUCGGCCGCGUCGCACAAGCGCGUGGUGCACGAGAAGAUCAAGAGCUACGUGUGCGACCUGUGCGGCUACGCGUGCGGCACCAACGGCGAGCUGCGCCAGCACCGCGCCAUCCACAGCGAGGACAAGCCCUUCGUGUGCAGCACCUGCUCCAAGCCGUUCAAAACAUAUUCGAACCUGAAGACACACAUGGACACGCACGAGGACACGUCGUACGUGUGCUUCGUGUGCAGCCGCGUGCUCAACAGCCGCCGCACGCUGCGCAAGCACCUGCUGGUGCACGAGGAGAAGUGCCGCCACGUGUGCUCCUACUGCAACAAGGCCUUCAAGCGCAGGCAGACGCUCAAGGUGCACAUGUACACGCACACGGGCGACAAGCCGCUGACAUGCAAGUGGUGCGACGAGCGCUUCUCGUACGCGUCCACGCUGCGCUCGCACCGCCUGCGCUGCCACCCCGACAAGAUGGCGGUGCAGUACUCCGGCUACAACACGCACGUCGUCAUGCAAGAGGGAUAUAUCAAGAAUGACUUGCCGUUAAACAUUGCGAAAACCGACGUAGAUGCUAUUCAAUAAUUAAUGUUUAUACAUUAAAUAAUAAUAAUAAAAUCAUCACAUUCAUUAGUUAUUUAUAUGUUAGGGUCAAUUUGAAAUCGGUGGCAGAAAAAGUUGGCCGCGAUCUUUUGUGUAUUAUUUCAGGAUUUUAGGUGAUUGAAAUUAAAUUGAGGUGAAAAUUAAACUACUCUGUGUACAUUUAUUCAUAGUUAAAAAACAAAUAUUUUUUUGGGUAACUUUUCUUUGAAAUCAACAUUACUUAUGCAAUUAUUUACAUGAGAGCUAAACACAUGGAAUCACAGUUCUUAAGUACUAAUUAUAAUGUAAACGAAAUAUACUCUGUUACUUUUUAUGUUUUAAGAAAACUAUUUUUCUUUAUAUAUAUUUCAAUUCAAUUAUAUAUUAUUACAUACCGAUAAUUCUAUGUAAUAAUCUAAAUAGUAUUACACAUAGAUACAUAUAAUAUUACACAUAGAAAAUAUCAGUUUUGCAUGAAAUUUCAAAAUUUGUUCUUAUACAACGUGUCCCAAAAUUCAACGAUAAGCGGGCGCCAAAAGAUUGACCUGCUCAUGAGCACUUAAGGAAAAAUAAUAAAAAAAAUAUACCUAAAUUUUUUUUUUAGUUACAAAAUAAAUUUUAAAAUUCUUUGAAAAUUUACACCUUGUAUGAUAUUUUGAACUACCGCAGCUACAAUUUCUUAAAUAUGCUUAAGAUUUUUUUUGUAUCGGAACCUAAGUAGUACUACUAUUCACCACAACUCUUAAAAACACCACAAUGCCCGCAGUUUUUACACAAAAAAAUAUCAAAAUAUUUUUUUUCCCUCAAAUUUUUAAAGAUUUUUACUUUCAGUCUACUUUGACUCAUGGUCUUGCAAAAAAAAGUAUGAACACCGCUAUGGCAAGUUAUUUUCAAAGUUGACGCAACUAAUCAAGAUUUCAAAAUAGUAUAAUACCCUAAGAUAACUAGUCGCAAAAAAAAAAUAUGCGUACCAUUUGUAAACAAGAACUAAAUUUCUAAAAUGUUUUUGCUCCUAGAAAUCACUUUUACUUUAUGCACAAAAUGAUGUGAGUCAUACGUUGCAAUUUCCUAGAAUUUUAAUGGAACGAACGAUAACAUUUAAAAAUAAGAGAGAGAGAGAGAGAGAAAGAUAGCGAUAAGUAUACGUUAGAGAGGGAUAGACAGAUGUUCUUUGUUGAAUGACAAUGAUGCAGGUAAAGAAAAUCCUGUUCCCAGCAAGUCAGUACGCUCUGCUCCUUUGUUUACUGCGCAACUUUCCGUAUUCAAUUGAC